AUGUCCAGCAUGGAGUCGCUAUUGGCAAAGCUUGGACAUGAGAUCCAAGACCCGAACGAAGGUCAGUCAAGCCUCUUGCAGAAGCGAGUCGGGAUCAGCUGGUAACAGGUAAGUACAGAAACGUAUGAUGUAUUCUCGCAACCUCGGCCUUCUCAAGACCUUGGCAUGGUCGACGCGAGGGCAGAAAGCCUCGACCUUACCAUCGCCGGGCGAGACUUUGAGGUCAAGCAGUCGCCCGGUGUACUACAGUCUAGUCGCGGAGGUGGAACCACGGGAGCUGCGGUCUGGCAGGCAUCCGUCCGCUUUGCUGAAUGGCUCGCCUGGCCGAAGAACCCGCUCUUCUCUUCUGGCGCCCUGGAUUCGGAAUCGGCAGCCCUUGAGCUCGGUGCCGGCAUCUCUGGUCUCGUUCCAUGCGUUCUACGUCGGCGGGUCCGCAGAAUGGUCGUUACGGAUCAGUCAUACGUACUGAAGUCCAUCCGAGAGAACAUAGCCGCGAACGCGGUGGGCUCAAAACACGGAAAACCCAAGAGAGGAGCCAGCGAGCGACAACAGCCGAGCGAUAUCGAUGUGUUCUCUCUGGACUGGGAGAACGAUGACAUUGCAAGUGUACUAUCGUCCAAUGGAUUGGAGAAGGGCGUAGACGCGGUCCUGGCCUGCGACUGCAUCUUCAAUUAUGCCCUUAUCCAGCCGCUCGUAGAGAGCUGCGUGGACAUUUGCAAGCUUCGCAUCGGCAGCGAAGGUGCCGAUGCGGAUCCGCCGCGACCGACGCUUUGCGUGAUAGCUCAGCAGCUCAGGCAACCAGAAGUCUUCGAACAGUGGCUCGAGGCUUUUCAUGAGCACUUCCGGACAUGGAGGAUACCGGAUGAGAUGCUCACUGACGGCUUGAAAGAGGGCACUGGCUUUGUCGUACACGUCGGACUCGUGAGAUGUACGAAGCAGAAUUGA